GUACUCCGGGCCUUACCUACUUAUGAACCCUCGCUCUGAGCAGUUCAUAGCCCUGAGCUCUGAACUUUGGGCUUUGGCUCAGGGGUGGACUGACAACUCAUGGGGCCCCCGGGCAAAAGAGGAUCUUGGGGCCCCUGUGUCCUUGCCCACACUCAAAGCACACCCAAAAAAGCCUAUAAAAAGUACCAGGGGCAUUGCAUGGGGCCCCCUACUGACCCCGUGCCCUCGGGCAGUGCCCGAGUGCUCGAAUGGUCAGUCCGCCCCUGCUUUGGCUAAU